GCGCCAUCUGUGGGAAUCUGUCCAAAAAGAUUCAUUUGUUCUACAAGAAAAGAGAUACAGAAAAUGGACUGAUUUUCAACAAGGGAAGAAAGAGGAAAAAGAUUCUGAGGAAGGGAAGAAGAAGCUAGGAAGCUACGAAAAUCUGGAAAGCCAAAUAUGAAUUUUUUCCAGAUCUAUUUUUGAGGUCACCGGAGCCGUCGCAACCAUCCCCGCCGCGGUGGACCUCCGGUGAAGUCAGUUGCGCCAGAAGAAGCUCGCUGCAGCACCCCAGCUGUUUCAGGCGGCCACCACCUCAGUCGCACACUACCGCUCGUCAUCAGCGACAUGGAGCUGACGCAACCUGAAGGAAAUUCCGCCAUUAAUGGCGGCUUGAAGCUUAGGGAAGGUACACCUCGAAGCUCUGCCGGACCCACCUGGCCCGGCCUCGGUCGCUGCCCUUGCGCCGCGGCAACCGCCCGUACCGCCGUCGAUGAGGGCUCACGCAGUUGGCCUCGGGUCGGUGGAUGGAUGCUUCAGCUAGCUUCCCAAAAGAUACGAAGUACAGCAUAUGGAUCAGAUGCCUUGGUUCUCCAAAGGCCACGUCCACUGGAGGAAUGGUGGCAGACGGAUAAGUUUGAGCACCUUGACCAAGUCAAAUAGCAAAGGAACCAAAUUAAGUUGAGGAACUCACUGGCCGGAGGUCUAUACCAAAGGCUUGGAGCAUUAGUUUGAGAAAUCAAUAGUUGGAGUACUUUUGACCAAAGUCAAAAUCAAUGGAAGGGAGCAAAUCUGGCUCUAGAAUCCCUCCUGACCGAAGCUUUAUCUCCAAAGCUAAGCUUUGUCCGCAAGUUUUUUCCGUCCGCAACAAGGGCCUAGGCGCAGCUGGAAUUCGUUCAGCGUUGCGUCUAGUUUUGGCUUGGUGCGGCGAUCUGGGUUUGUGUUGUCGUGUUUCCAGGCGGAGGUGCAAGGGACUGCAGGGUUGAAGAUGGUGUGGCUGGGCAUCUGUGGGAGGCCACCAGAGUUCAGCAAUUCCAGAGAGGGCCAAGGUUAUGCGCCUAGCAAGGCUGCGAGGUAUGAAAAUCUGUUGCUGGGUUGGAUUUUCCUAGCCUUGUUAGGCAAUGUGAUGGAGGUUAGAUCUAUUGUUUUUUAUCCGGGUGGUACAAUGUUGGGAUCGUGCUUAGAGUAUGGGGCUGAUUUGGAUUCCAGACGGUUGGGGAGGCGGGUGACGUGGUGGCUAUGGUUGAUCUGGCACGGAGAGAUUCAGCUUCGGAUGAGGGAAAAGAAAAAUGAAGAGUUCAUGCUUCGCCCCCCGCCUGAACCGCCGCCAUGGGGAAACCGUGCAGAUGGGGCUCACAAGAGUUAUUACUAGCUAUUUUUUAUCUUUAUCAGUCCUGUCAGUUGUGUUGUUUCUUAGUUACUCAUGUUGUUUUUCUCAUUAUUUUGAACUCUAGUGGUAGGUUGGUAGUUGUUUUUUUGUGUUUGGUUUGGGAUGUUAGUUUUGGUGGAAGCGAUAAGGCUUGUUUGGCCGAGGAAAGCUUCGAAGCUCUCACAUGGUUCGCGAAUAGUCUCGCUCUUUCCGGGGUGGUCUAUUCUAAGUCUAGCCAGAGAGUGGGGGGGCCUUUGGGCUAUGCGGAGCCUCACGAAGAGGUUUGGCGUUACACGUGGGGUUGAAAUUUUAGAUGCUUCAUGGAGGACAUUUGGGUUGAUUGUAAGGGGGGAGGUAUGUUGAGU